AUGAAGCGCUUCAGCCAACGGGUGCUCUCACGAGGCAAGGACGCCGGCAAGUCCUCGAAGAAGAACAAGGAUUCCAAGGACGGCACAUCCUCUCCUUCGCCACGGGACUCGUCCAACCAGUCCCCGGUCCUCACGCCCUCCUCGUCCACCUCGACCCUCAACGACAUUCGAAACAAGCCGCUGCCGCCCAACGCGUCCCAUGGAGCCGACCACGGCGUCCUCGGUCAACCCUCGAGCCUCUCAAACAUCACCCAGCAGGGUGGAAUGCCCGAUCGCUUCGGCUCCAUGGGUGGCGCUUCGAGUCCGAACGGGGGCAACCGCAUGACCCCCACCGUCGUCAUCAGCCCGACGCCUGGCGUAAGUCGCCCACGCAGGGAUGCCGACACCGCAACCCCCGCGCGGUGCCCUGUCGAUUUCGAGCAGGCGUGCUCGCUCAAGCAUUGGCUAACCCCGACGAAAAUUGUACAGCAUAUCCCCCCACCGGGUGCUGCCGAGACGAUGCCUCACGACCUCGCCCCUCCCAAGGCAGGCCAGAAGUCGUCGCUCCUGAUCCACCGGGGCAUCGAUAACCGUGAUGCCAUCCCCGAGGGCCUGCGUACGCCCCGGCGACAGCACUCCUCCCGCUUCGACAUCUCGGUCCACCGGGAGCUGGAGAAGCUGCCGGGAUUUCACGAAGUGCCCCCGAACAGACGGCAGGAACUAUUCAUGCAAAAGAUUGACCAGUGCAACGUCAUCUUCGACUUCAACGAUGCAAGCGCCGACAUGAAGGCCAAGGAGAUCAAGCGGCUUGCCCUGCACGAGCUGCUGGAUUACGUCGCCAACAACAGGCAAGUUAUCACCGAGCCUAUGUACCCUCGGGUUGUCGACAUGUUUGCCAAGAAUCUGUUCCGGCCCAUUCCUCCGCCCGUGAACCCCCAGGGCGAGGCUUUCGAUCCGGAGGAGGACGAGCCAGUUCUGGAGGUUGCGUGGCCGCACAUCCAGGUUGUCUACGAGUUCUUCCUGCGCUUCAUCGAGAGUCAGGAUUUCAACACCAACAUCGCCAAGGCCUACAUCGACCACAGCUUCGUCCUGCAGCUCUUGGAUCUUUUCGACUCCGAAGACCCCCGCGAGCGCGAUUUCCUCAAGACGACCCUGCACCGCAUCUACGGCAAGUUUCUGAACCUCCGAUCAUUCAUUCGCCGCUCCAUCAACAACGUCUUCUUUCAGUUCACCUACGAAACCGAACGGUUCAACGGAAUAGCCGAGCUCCUGGAAAUCCUCGGCUCCAUCAUCAACGGAUUCGCCCUACCUUUGAAGGAGGAGCACAAGAUCUUCCUCACCCGCGUCCUCCUUCCUCUGCACAAGCCCAAGAGCCUGAGCAUGUAUCACCCCCAGCUGGCCUACUGCAUCGUCCAGUUCUUGGAAAAGGAUGCGUCGUUGACCGAGGACGUUGUCCUCGGCUUGCUGCGCUACUGGCCCAAGGUCAACAGCACCAAGGAGGUCAUGUUCCUCAACGAGGUCGAGGACAUCUUCGAAGUCAUGGACCCGGCCGAGUUUGCCAAGGUCCAAGAGCCUCUAUUCCACCAGCUGGCCAAGUCCGUCGCCAGCCCGCACUUUCAAGUCGCCGAGCGCGCACUGUACUUCUGGAACAACGAAUACUUCUGCAACCUUGUGAGCGACAAUGUGGAGAUCAUCCUGCCCAUCAUGUUCGCACCCCUUUUCGAGAACUCCAAGGGUCACUGGAACAGGUACGAACGCGCCGACCCCCUCUCCCUCUCCCUGGGCUGGCAUGCCGCUGACGAGUGCAGGACGAUCCACGGCAUGGUGUACAAUGCCAUGAAGCUGUUCAUGGAGAUCAACCCUCAGCUCUUCGAUGACUGCUCGCACGACUAUACCGAGCAGCAAAACAGCGCCGCCGAGCGAGAGGCGCUGCGAGAGCGCAAGUGGGCCGCCCUGGGCGAACAGGCGACCCAGCGAAGGGAGUCGCUCGGCGGCGGUGUCGUUGACGCUGACCCUCGUCCCCAGGCCGCAGUGCUGCCUCGCCUCGACGAGGUCGACCCCAUUACCGACGACAACCAAAAGCGUCUUGACUCUCUCAAGCUUCAAGACGCCUCCGGCCAGAGACCUAGCGUUCACGAGAGGCAAAGCUCUGUUGGCUCUACCAGGAGUCGAUAA